AUGGGCUGCUGCUGCAGCUCGGAGUACGACGAGGACUGGAUCGAGAACAUCGACAUUUGCGAGCACUGCAAUUACCCCAUCGAGUCCGACAGCAAACGCCAGAGGCUGAUCCGCAACGGCUCUGAGGUUCAAGACCCUCUGGUGUCCUACGAGUCCCCGUCACCUCUGUGCUCCCCCAUACAAGACAAGCUGGUGGUGGCCCUGUACAACUACGAGCCCAAGCACGACGGGGACCUGGGGCUGCGGAAGGGGGAGAAGCUCCGUGUCCUGGAAGAGAAUGGGGAGUGGUGGAAGGCGCAGUCGCUCACCACGGGUCAGGAGGGACUGAUCCCCCACAACUUCGUGGCUUUGGUGAACAGCCUGGAGCCCGAGCCGUGGUUCUUCAAGAACAUCAGCCGCAAGGACGCCGAGAGGCAGCUCCUGGCCUCGGGAAACACCCACGGCUCCUUCCUCAUCCGAGAGAGCGAGACCUCCAAAGGCUCGUACUCGCUGUCCGUGCGGGACCUGGAUGAGAGCCAGGGAGAGACGGUGAAGCACUACAAGAUCCGGAACCUGGACAGCGGCGGCUUCUACAUCUCCCCCCGCAGCCCCUUCGGCAGCCUCAGGGAGCUGGUGCAGCACUACACACGCAGCUCCGACGGGCUCUGCUGCCGCCUGGGCAAGCCCUGCCGGACACAGAAGCCGCAGAAGCCGUGGUGGCAGGACGAGUGGGAGGUGCCGCGGGAGUCUCUGAAGCUGGUGGAGAAGCUGGGAGCGGGACAGUUCGGAGAGGUCUGGAUGGGAUUGUACAACGGGCACACGAAGGUGGCAGUGAAGAGCCUCAAGGCUGGCAGCAUGUCCCCCAGCGCCUUCCUGGCCGAGGCCAACCUGAUGAAGAAGCUGCAGCACCGGCGGCUGGUGAGGCUCUACGCUGUGGUCACCAAGGAGCCCAUCUACAUCAUCACCGAGUUCAUGGAGAAGGGCAGCCUCGUGGACUUCCUCAAGACCUCGGAAGGAGUCAAGCUCAGCAUCACCAAACUGCUGGACAUGUCAGCGCAGAUUGCCGAAGGCAUGGCCUUCAUCGAAGCCAAGAAUUACAUCCACAGGGACCUGAGGGCCGCCAACAUCCUGGUCUCGGACACUUUGUGCUGCAAAAUCGCCGAUUUUGGGCUGGCCCGGCUCAUCGAGGACAACGAAUACACGGCACGGGAGGGGGCGAAAUUCCCGAUUAAGUGGACAGCACCCGAGGCCAUCAACUACGGGACGUUCACCAUCAAGUCGGACGUGUGGUCCUUCGGGAUCCUGCUCACCGAGAUCGUCACCUACGGCCGGAUCCCGUAUCCAGGGAUGACCAACCCCGAAGUGAUCCAGAACCUGGAGCGGGGCUAUCGGAUGCCCCAGCCGGACAACUGCCCCGCAGAGCUGUACGAGCUGAUGAGGCAGUGCUGGAAGGAGAGCCCCGAGGAGCGCCCCACCUUCGAGUUCAUGAAGAGCGUGCUCGAGGAUUUCUUCACCGCCACCGAGGGCCAGUACCAGCAGCAGCCCUGAGGGUCCUGCAGCUUGCACAGCCCUGGUUUGGGGUGCUGGGGGUACCCCCCAUCCCCAUGGACAUCACCCC